AUGAAGCUGCUUACUGCAUUAUGUGUUCCCUACGUUUUAGCAAGAGGCGUGUUUCCAGUAUUUGGGUACCCGUUAGUGGUUAACUCAGCUGUCUAUCGAUUUGCCUGGUUGGGAUGCCUUAGCUUUAGUCUGCUUUUCUUUUGUGCGAAGCGCUUCCAUAUCUGGUUCACCAACCUCCACAAUUCUAUACGUGAUGACCGGUAUUUGAUUGGUCGUAGACUCCACGACUACGGGGAGAACUUAGACGAGAAGCAAAAUGGUUCUCUUGUUGCCCUAGAGGCUCGAAGUUCAAAUGCAAGUGGUAUUGGCAUGAUUCAGCAGAAUCAGGAAGCUGCAGAUGUAGGGAUAAGGCAGAGGCAUGUUCGCCUGGAUGCAUAA